CGACUAUGGCGACUAACAAAGGCCAUUUGGUAGUUUUAACGCCUAAAAAGCAGGAUUCCGACCAUAAUAUCGUCAAAAUUCACCGCGAAGAAACCGCAAAAUCGGAUAAAGUUCUGCAUAUUGGAGGUGGCUCGUACGCUGGGCUGAUCAUAAAUCGAUAUGAAGAGAAAUCGAACUUUGAGUCAACCGCCGAUGUUUCCCUAUCAUUCAGUGUACAUUUAUCGAACAAAAAUCACCAGAAACAAGUACAGGAAAAGCGUUCGCUGUUCUUCAAACUUCGGAAAUCCGUCGAGCUUGAUGUCGGGCGGCUUGUGGUGCACAAGUUCUUCAAGAACCUGUUGAGCAAUCUUCCCGGAGAUUACGUGUCAUUUAUGAAGCGCGCGAUGACACUUCUCCAAAAGGACUACACGGAAAUUGUCGAGCUGGUCAUCGACUACAAGAUUGUCGAAGAAAGUGAUCAAGUCACAAUUCCAGAUGCUACUCAAUAUGAAACUUCGAAACGCGGAAAAGAUUCCGGCUCAGAAUUGGAAGAAGUCACCGUCGGACACGUACAGGAAAUACUGGAACACGCUUUUCCCAAUGGAUUGCCAACUUGUGCAAUAUCCGAAUGCUUGAGAUGCUCCGACGAGGAGACGUUGGCCUUUUUGGCUGAGCUGGAAACUUCUGGAAUCGUUCGAAUGGUUGAAGACGAGUGGAUUCGUGUUGAUACGAAAAAAGUUGAUGAAAGUAUUGAAGCACAUCGGAAUGCGGCUGCUGCAGCAUCAACUUCUGCUGGAAAUGGGCUCUCCGAGCAACCAACUGUAGCCAUCAUCUCGUGCUUAUUCGUCGAAAAACAGGCUAUCGAUGCACUUAUUGAGGAGUCUUCAACUAUUCACAAGUACAAAUCUGGUGGAGAUUCGAAUGUUUACACACUUGGAAGAAUCGGUGCUCAUCGUGUUGUCGCCACAAAACUCGCACUUAUCGGGGAUUCACGUGAAGCCAUCACAUCGGCCGGCUCCAUCACCACUCGUUUGCUCGGAAACUUCCAGAAUAUUGAGCACGUUUUCAUUGUUGGCGUCGCCGGAGCCGUACCCCACUUUACGGAUGCCACGUUGCAUGCUCGGCUCGGUGACGUCAUCGUGUCGGCUUCACGGCCACAUCAAUACGUUUAUGCUCACGAUUUGCUGUUUAACAGGCAAACGGAGCAGAUUACCGGAUUCGCCAUCAGAAACUGGGAUGCCGACGAUAAAACCAUCGAAAAAAUUGUCGAAACCGGCGGCGAGGAGCUUCUUUCCGCUUGGAACUCGGCCACCGAUGAAGCCAUCGCCCUACUGACGUCAUCAGCUGGUGACGUGGAAUGGAAGGCUCCGCCCACUUCGACAGAUGUUCUCGCGAUGACGGUCUCGAAGGGAAAUGUGGUAGUGAUGCCACAUCCGAAUGCCGACACGAAAACCGGACCGGAAAUUCAUUUGGGAACCGUCGGCGCCAUGUCUGCUAUGAAGAAAUAUGAGAAAUGGGAUGGCGAAGAGGAUAGUUUGGCUAAGGUCCGUGAAACAUUUGCCGAAUCGUUCGGAAUUCGUUGUAUUGACGCCGGCUUCGAUUCGGUCGUCGGAGCAGUCGUCGGCUCGUGUGUUCGCUCGUGGGCUCUGAUUCGCGGAAUUUCCGACUAUGAUUAUGGUCAGAGUCGUGCUGGAAAAGUCUGGCAGGCCCACGCCGCCGCCCGUGCCGCCGGAAUGGCUCGUUGUAUCAUUGAAAAAUUGCCGAAAUCCGCUUGAUUUAUCGAUUUAUUGAUUUUUUUUCCCUUCAAAAUCCCAGCUUUACCUUUUCUCGAUCAAUUUUUAUCGAUUUUUUCGCUUUUUCAUUUUCUAUUCGAAAAUUACCACCCACACAUUCCUAUUUAUUUCUGUGCUGUACCCGUCCCCGUUUUCUUAUUAUUAUUUUUAGUAUCAAUCAAUUCUGAUGUGAAUUUUAUGACCAAUUAUUGAUUUUUUCUCAUCGUUUUCUGUGCAAAAACUCUGAAAUCUCAAUAAAUACGUUAGGAAUCGA